AUGCAGCCUUUAAACGGCCCUUUUCAGAGCCAUUCAACGCAGAUAUUAGGACCGUGCCUUAGGGUAUGUCACUUAAAUAUUGAAGGUAUUUCGUCAGCUAAGAGUGAAAUUCUAUCUAAACUUAUGAGAGAGGAAAAAGUUGAUGUUAUUGCACUCCAGGAAACGCAUACGUUAGAUGAAGCCGACCUCCACAAAAGAGGACAAAUAGCUGGUUACAAUUUGAUUGGAGCCAUACACCAUAAACAGUACGGAGUUGCAACCUACCUUAACUCACGCAUCAGCCAUGCGAGAACAAUAGUACAAGAGAUAGUGGAAGAGGUAUUUAUCUUGACAGUAAAUGUGAGUGGAGUAAAUAUAGUAAAUGUGUACAAGCCACCCAAUACAUUAUGGAAUAACCCACCAUUGCGCGUUCUAGAUCAUCCAACAAUGUAUAUAGGUGACUUUAAUAGCCAUAGCUUACAUUGGGGCUACGAUGAUGACGAUGACAACGGAGUAAUACUAUUUGACUGGCUUUCCACAAAUAACAUUGGGUUAAUGUAUAGCGCUAAGGAUAAGGGAACUUUCCACUCAGCCAGAUGGGGCAAGGACUAUUCACCGGACUUGGGAAUUAUCUCGAGAUUAGAAAAUCUAAUAUCCCAACUUGGGACAAAGAGUGUACCGACCUAUUUGAAGAAUUCCAGAUAUCAAGUGNUGUACGGCGUUCGCGAUAUCGCGACGGCUGUAUGUUAA